AUGGCGCAACUCCCCGUGCAGACCCUCCAUCGGGAUCCCCAGCUAUUCUACUGGAUCCUGAUCCCCAUUACCGUCGUGAUGGUUCUCACUGGUGUUCUCCGUCACUACGCCUCCGUCCUCAUGGCCACGGCGCCCAAGAAGCUCGACGCCAGGGGCAUGCGGGAGCAACGGGCUCUAGCUCAUGGCGUGACCCUCCGUUCCAACUACCACGUUCUCUCGCAAAAGUCCUUUGAGCAGCGUCGCGAGACUCUUUGCGCUGGCUACGAGUCUGGCGCAUACCUCAAGGAGCCGGACCGCAAGGGCCAACCACCCGCGAACCCGCUCACCGAUCCCGGUGCGAUGGAUGGCAUGAUGGGCAUGAUGAAGAACAAUAUGGCUAUGAUUAUCCCGAAUACGCUUAUCAUGAGCUGGAUUAAUGCAUUUUUCAGCGGUUAUGUCAUUAUGAAACUGCCAUUCCCCAUCACCAUCAAGUUCAAGAGCAUGCUGCAGGCUGGUGUGCAGACCAAGGAUAUGGACCCCCGCUGGAUGUCGAGUAUCAGUUGGUACUUCCUCUGCAUCUUUGGUCUGCAGUUUGUCUACGUCUUUCUCCUCGGAAGCGAUAAUGCUGCCAGUCAGAUGGCUCAACAAAUGGCCGCCCAGCAAAUGCCAAUGAACCCCAUGGGUGGCCCUGGCCAGGACCCCGACAAGCAGUUCAAGGCUGAGGCUGAGAAUUUGGCCGUCAUCGAGCACUACUCGGUGUUGGAUGACGUUGAAGAGCGCCUUCUUCAGGGUAUCAAGUCGUAG